GGGGCGGGACAGCGUCUCUGGUCCGGCCCGGCCCGGUCCCGCCGUGUCCCGUGCCGCUCAGACUGGGCUUCCCACGCCAUGGACCCGCCCGAGGAGGUGCGGGCUCGGCUGGAGCGGUGCGGACAGGGCCAUCUGCUGCGGUUCUGGGCCGAGCUGGACACAGCGCAGCGCGGAGCGCUGCUGGCGGCGCUGCCGCCGGGGCUGGGCGAGCACUGCCGGCUGGCGGCGGCGGCCGGGGCCCGCCAGCGCGGCCCGCCCGAGCGCCUGGACGGCCGGAUGGAGCCGCUCCCCGCCGAGCUGCUGGGCAGCGCCCGCCGCAGCGGCCCCGCCGCGCUGCAGCACUGGGAGGCGGAAGGUUUACAUCAGAUCUCACAGAACAAGGUGGCAGUGCUGCUUCUGGCUGGAGGACAAGGAACCCGCCUGGGAGUCAGCUAUCCCAAAGGCAUGUACAAUGUGGGGUUGCCCAGUGGCAAGAACUUGUAUCAGAUCCAAGCAGAAAGAAUCCGCAAAGUGGAGCAGCUUGCUGGCAAGAGACACCACUGCAAGUGUGCCAUUCCCUGGUACAUCAUGACAAGUGAGUUCACACUGGGGCCGACAGAAGAGUUUUUUGUACAACACAACUACUUCAACUUGGAUAGAUCCAACGUCAUCAUGUUUGAACAGAGGAUGCUGCCUGCUGUCACCUUUGAUGGGAAGGCCAUCUUGGAGGAGAAGGGGAAAAUUGCCAUGGCUCCAGAUGGCAAUGGUGGCUUAUACCGUGCUUUGAUGGAUAAUAAAAUUUUGGAUGAUAUGAAGCAGCGUGGAAUCCAGUAUGUCCAUGUAUAUUGUGUGGACAAUAUCCUCGUGAAAAUGGCAGAUCCAGUCUUCAUAGGUUUCUGUAUUUCCAAAGGGGCAGACUGCGGUGCAAAGGUAGUGGAGAAGGCCUACCCCACGGAGCCUGUUGGGGUGGUGUGCUGUGUCGAUGGGGUGUACCAGGUGGUGGAGUACAGCGAGAUCAGCCCAGAGACUGCACAGCAGCAGCGCCCUGAGGGGGGACUAAUGUUCAGUGCUGGCAAUAUCUGUAACCACUUCUUCACUGUUGAGUUCCUGGAAACAGUGGCCCAGAAAUGGGAGUCGCAGCUGAAGCAUCAUGUAGCCAUAAAGAAGGUGCCCUACAUUGACAAGGAGGGAAAUCUGGUAAAACCACUAAAACCGAACGGGAUAAAGCUGGAGAAGUUUGUGUUUGAUGUGUUCCAGUUCUCUAAGAAUUUUGUGGCAUUUGAAGUUUUGAGAGAAGAGGAGUUCUCACCGCUAAAAAAUGCAGACACAGCUGACAAAGAUACUCCUACCACUGCUCGGCAAGCCCUCCUGGCCCAGCAUUACCGCUGGGCUCUCAAGGCUGGGGCCAGAUUUGUGGAUGAAAAUGGUUGCAGGAUACCAGAAAAACUCAGUCUCUCAGGAACUGAAGAUCCUCCGGCUGUGUGUGAGAUUUCUCCAUUAGUGUCUUACUUUGGAGAGAAAUGGAAGCAGCUGUCCCGACUCCAGCGGAGUGUCAUUCUCUUCCUGUUUGCAUUCUUGGCAGUAUGUGGAGUCAUUUCGUACACAAGCAUGGGGGAAGCAUGGAAAAGUAUAACAAACAAGUCGUUGGAUGAGCAGAGAACAGAACAAGAAAUUCCUGGAUUAAAGCUGGCAAAUCCAGCUGUUCUACCAGCACCCCAGAAAGCAGAUGCCAACCAUGGAGACUACCCUGAGCUUUCACUGCAGAAGCCACCAAAACCACCUCAUGUUCGUCGUGGUCCUUCCAAUCUUCAGAUCAAGGCACCACGGAGAGACAUGAGGCUGAAGACCCGACAUGAUACCAUCAGGGCUGUAGAAGAGCUGGUCGAAGCUGAUAAAGUAGAGAAAACAGAGAAAUCCAUUAUCAGCUGGAGAGGAGCAGUGAUAGAACCUGACCAAAGCACUGAACCUCCAUCCAGUAAAAUAAAGGAACCAGAAAAACCUUCAUCUAUGGAAGCUGAAGACCAGAAAGAACCAGUGCCCGUAAACGAGCGCCAGCUGGCUGUGAUCGAAGCCUUCCGCCAUGCCUGGAAAGGGUACAAGGAAUUUGCCUGGGGCCAUGAUGAGCUGAAGCCUUUGUCCAAGUCCUACAGCGAGUGGUUUGGACUUGGGCUUACCUUAAUUGAUGCCUUGGAUACCAUGUGGAUUUUUGGCUUAAAAGAAGAGUUUGAAGAAGCAAGAAAAUGGGUAGCAAAUGAUUUAGUAUUUGAUAAAAAUGUGGAUGUGAACCUGUUUGAGAGCACUAUCCGUAUUCUGGGUGGCUUGCUGAGCACCUACCACCUCUCUGGAGAUAGCCUCUUCCUGGAAAAAGCUAAAGACAUUGGAAACAGGCUUAUGCCAGCAUUCAAGACCCCCUCCAAGAUACCAUAUUCUGAUGUCAACAUUGGUCGGGGCACUGCACAUCCCCCUCGCUGGACAUCUGACAGCAGUGUGGCAGAGGUGACCAGCAUUCAGCUGGAGUUUAGGGAGCUCUCUCGUCUGACUGGAGAUGAGAAAUUCAAGAAAGCUGUAGAUGAGGUGAUGAAGCACGUUCACACCCUCUCAGGGAAAAACGAUGGCCUCGUGCCUAUGUUCAUAAACACCAACAGCGGGCAGUUCACCCACCUGGGGGUCUACACUCUGGGAGCCAGAGCUGACAGCUACUAUGAGUAUCUGCUCAAGCAGUGGAUUCAGGGUGGAAAGAAAGAAAAUGAGCUGUUGGAAGACUAUAUGAGAGCCAUAGAAGGAGUGAAAAAGCAUCUUCUUCAGAGAUCAGAACCCAAGAAGCUUACUUUUGUAGGAGAGCUUGCUCAUGGCCAUUUCAGUGCCAAGAUGGAUCACUUGGUUUGCUUCUUGCCAGGUACUUUAGCACUGGGAGCUCACAAUGGACUGGCUGCUGAUCAUAUGAAAUUGGCUGAAGCCCUUAUAGAAACCUGCUACCAGAUGUAUGCUCAAGUAGAGACAGGCCUGAGCCCAGAGAUCGUACACUUCAACCUCCAUGCACAGAAGGGCCACAAGGAUGUGGAAAUCAAGCCUGCAGACAGGCACAACUUACUGCGACCAGAAACUGUGGAAAGCCUUUUUUAUAUGUACAGAUUCACUGGUGAUAAGAAAUACCAAGACUGGGGCUGGGAAAUCUUGCAGAAUUUCAACAGAUAUACCCGGGUUCCUACAGGUGGUUAUACUUCCAUUAACAAUGUUCAGAAUCCCAGUAAUCCAGAGCCACGGGAUAAAAUGGAGAGCUUCUUCCUUGGGGAAACACUCAAAUACAUGUUUCUGCUGUUUUCAGAUGACAUAGACUUAAUCAACCUUGACAAAUACAUUUUUAACACAGAGGCUCAUCCACUCCCUAUCUGGGUGCCAGCAUAGACUCUGCAUCAGUGGAUCUUCCAGUGGUGGCAUUUUUAUCUUAAAGUCACUUUAUUUUUCAGGGUUUGAGGAGAGAUGCUAUAAUGCACCUUUUUUGGCUUCAAAUGACAAACAAAAGCUUGGGAAAAGCAUCUCUGGUUUGAAGAAAUCAUGUCAGUCUUAAAUCUAAUCCCUGGUUCCGGGAUGGGCAAAGCUGUGCCAUAUGAAGCCGGUUUCCCUGGUAAUUGUACCGUGGACCAUGACAUUCUUGGGGCUCUGGUGACCCAGAACUCACUUAUGUCAGUAUUACUAAAUGUUCAUUAAAUACUGGGACUACAGCAAGUUGUCUUAGGGCACAGGGUUGUUCCUGGAGAACAGGAAUAAGCCUACAGUUUUCUGGUUUAUUCUGGAUUCACUGAAACACUGGAUUACAGAGCCAUUCCUUUGUCAGACUGUGACAGUGGUUCAGGUGGAAAGUGGAAUAAACAAAGAGCUGUAGUGCUGUCCCAGGGAGAAGCUGUCAGUGUUGCUGCUGGUACUCCGAUCUCAUUCCAAACUCCCGAGCUAUGCUGCAUCACCUUAGGAGAAGGAAGAGGCAGCAGAGUAUCUGUUGUAUAGUGUCUUAGUUUUGUAGAGCACUUUGAAUGGUCUAUUCAAGCUCUGGCUGAAAUGAAUGGUUAAAGAGAAUUUGCUGCUGGUUUGGCUGAAAGUGGUAUAUAAUUUUGUAGAGGUAAUGCAGUUUUUUAACUUACCUGCAGGAAUGCGGGAGAUAAUGUGAAAUGCAAGUAAAACAUGUGCAUUUUGUAUCUUAUUUGCAUCAGUUAGACUCAGGUAUUCUGACUGAAAGCUGCUUUCUGAGGUUGGGCACUGGGAAAGCCUGUGAGCAUAUUGGGUAUCAGCCUCCUUCCGUCCCUUCCGGUUCAGAUAUUACAUCGUGGGUGUUUGUUGACUCAAAACAAGCUUACAGCUGUACAGCAAAAUUCUUGUUACUCAUAAUUUCUUGGACCAUGGAGAAAUUUUCAAUUAUUUGUUUUCCUUAGGAGUACACUGGGUAUUUUCAGUAGUAGUGUUAAAAGCAGACAGUUGAAAGGUAUUACAGCAGUUCUAGGCCCCAGUAGAAUUGGAGAAAUUAAUUUCAGUUACUUGAAGACAAAAUAGACCCAGGUUUUUUUAAGACUCUUACAGGAGCCCUGGGAUCUUUCAUUUUUGUAUGUGCACACUUUAGAGAUUUUAAGCCAUGAAUUUGGAAAUGAGCUUUCUGGAGUGCUUUUCCUUUUGGAUUUGGACAGUCCUGUAUUCAUGGAUGAGAUCUCAGAAAUGUGGUUGUUCAUAUGAAUGUUCAUUGUCUCACUGAAAGUCUCUUUCCCGCUGUGGCAGGGGUUGUGAUGGGCAGGGCCAGGAGGUGCAGUCCCCACUAAAUCCAGGGGCCCCUGGCCGUUAAUGGAGCUGACUGAAUUUGACUCUAAUGGUUCAUUUUCUAGUGGCUGAGGGAGGUAUUUUACAGUAAUUGUAACCUUUGAUUUGUAAAGUAAGAUGCAUCUUUAUUCAUUUUAUGCUGAUCCAUUCUGUUUGCUGGAGUUACAUGUUACUGUUGGGACCACUAUUUAUCAUUCCAUGUACUAAUGGAAAUGGAGAAAUGUUACAAAGGUAAAAUUUUAAAAAGGUAAAAACAAAUUAUUUAAAUGCACAUUUUUCUGUCAUCGGAGGGAUCCUGUCCUGGGAUUGACAGGACAUGACUAGUCAGUGCAGAAUGUUAAUGUUCCUCCCAUUAUUUUUUUUGCCUUACAACUGGCUUGAGAGUAAUAAUUCAUUUCCUAAUGAGCUGAAGGAGAGAAGAAAUAAACUGUCACUUUCCCAAACA